AAGCUAACGUCAACAGCUAGCUAGCUAACAGUUAGCUGUAAUGCUAACCUAAACCAGACUUCAUGUUAAAAGUGCUUUUAACGAGAGCCGUUAGUGUGAAUGGGUAUGUUAACUAAGUUAGUGCUAACAGUUAGCUUGCAUUAGCUAGCUACAUAUCGUAUUGCUCAUCAGGUGGAAGCUUCUUUACUUCAUAUCACAAAUCAAUACAGUUUGAUAUGCACACAGUUGGUUUUAUUUAACCAACAGUUUAAUGUUACUUCCUUUGAUCCGAGGCUAGAAACUAUAAAUCGAUCAGUUGAUUAUAUAGCAAGAUCGUUAGUCCAUUGACAGCAAAAUUAUCAGCAAUUAAUUUAAAAUAAAGCUGUUAUCAACAGGUAACCAGUUUUUAUUAGGGUCUGUUUUCAAGCUUUUGUUGCAACUUCUCACUUGAGAGGAUUUGAUGCUUUUGAUUAGAGCUGCAACAAUUAUUCGAUUAAUCGAACAAUAAUUGAUUAUUGAAUUAAUCGUCAACUAUUUUGAUAAUCCAAUAAUUGGUUUGAGCAGUUUAUUAAAAGACAAAAGUCCAAAUUCUCUAAUUUCAGCUUCUUUAAUGUGAAUAUUUCUGGUUUCUUUGUUCCUUUAUGACAAUAAAACUGAAUAUCUCUUUGGUUUGUGGACAAAGCAAGAGCUUUGAGGACGUCAUCUUGUGGUUUGGGAAACACUGAUUGAUAUUUUUCACCAUUUAUUGAUCAAACAACCAAUCGAUUAAUCGUUUAAAUAAUCGACAGAUUAAUCGAUAAUGAAAAUAAUUGUCAGUUGCAACCCUACUUUUGAUUGUCUUUAAAAAAUAUAUCUUUAGGAAUAGUUAAUUUGGAAAACAAACAAUUGGAUGAUAAUAUAUAAUAAUAAAAUAAUAUAAGUUGGUAAAAAAAAUAAAGGAAAUAAAGAGGAAUAAAAAAAUUAAAUUAAGACAUUUAAAUAAAAUAAUACAAAAACGUGGAAAUAUAAAUACAAAUAACUAAGUAUACAAAUAAUGUAACCAUUUUAAUAAGCAUAAGAGUUAAUUGUAAAAGUAAUUUAUUUCUGUUUAUUAAAUAUGUGUGCUUAUUUUUGGCAUAUAAAUUAAUCUAUUUUUUAUACUAACCAAAUAAUUAUCAAGAAAACCAUGGAAAAUGGCUAGAUAUCAACUGUUAAAUUAAACUCUUAUGAGCUAUAUUUGUUGUUAAAUUAUAUUAUAUAUCAUAUUUGUCCAAACAAGUGUAGCUUUAGUUGUACCAGCCAUUAAAAUGAACAAGAUAUUUAAGAAAACAAGGAUGGUCUAAUAAUUUAUUCCAUGACUGUAUAUUUGUAUAUAUUAAUUCAUAAUGAAAUUAUUUAUUCUUAUUGUCAUUUAUGUAAUUAUUAUUUUUUGUAGCUCUCCACUCAAUUGUUAUUGUAGGACUGCAUUGAGUGUUGUUUUUAUUAUCAAAUAAUCUAUCACAUAUUGACUAAUCUAAUAUAUCAAAUAUGUAAUAAUAGACAAAGCAGGAAGUCUUCCCUUCUUUUAGGCUGACACAAGAACAUCUUUGGGAUUGUUUUCCUUGAAAAAUACAAGUAAUCAAGUAUAAUUGUUUCAGAAGAACGUUCUGUUGUUGAUCAAUUAGUUAACUAAUUGUUUCAGCUCUUAAUGAUUUUAAUUGUUCUCAUGAGAGAAAUAUUUAUGCAUUAUCUUCUUUUAUUAAUAAUAUAAACUAUUUAAAUGUUCUAACUAUGUAAUAUUUUGAUCUUCCGUGUAGUUUUGUGUGACCAUGGAUCCGACCUGCAGUGUUUCUGCUGCUCCAGCUGGUUUGACUGUCCAGGUGUGUUUCCCCGGCGCCCGUGCAGCUGUUCUGGAUAACCUGAACCGCCAGCGGGAAGAAGGCCGGCUGUGUGACCUCUCCAUCCAGGUGCAGGGGCAAGUGUUCAGGGCACACCGAUGUGUGCUCGCUGCAUCCUCGCCUUACUUUCAUGACCAGGUGCUACUGAAGAAUGUUACAACUGUUUCCCUGCCUUCGGUUAUGGACCCAGUGGCCUUUGAGAGUGUCCUGAGUUCUGCCUACACAGGCCAGCUGAGCAUCGUGCAUGAUGACAUCGUUAACUAUGUCACUGUGGCCAGCUUCCUCCAGAUGUGGCACAUCGUGGACAAAUGCACAGAGAUCCUGAAGAGGCCCCGACCUUCAGCAGAAGUCGCACCUGGAGAGGCAGCUGUCGCUCACCCUGGCACUGCAUCUCGCCAGCAGUCCCCAAGCAGCACCGACUGCUUAUACCUGGAAAGGGAAGGAAGAAGGAAGGAGAGGAAGCCUGACGCCCUGCCUCCCUUAGCUACGUGGAGACGCCCGCAGCAGUUUCCUAGAUGGGGGCGACCCCGGCCCUCAUCAGCACAGCACUUAGCGGACUCUCAACUGGACGCCCUCCCUGGCUAUGCAGAGAGUGAUUACACCAACUGUGAGGAGGCAUGGGUUUCAAGCCACGCCAAAACGAGCCACUUCGCUCAUGAUGGACCUGGUCACAAUAGCAGGUACCACGGGGGGUUCCCCAGUGGUGAAGCAUUAAAGCAGAAAGUCAGGUUCCAACAGCGGGGGGCAACGCUAAACGCUGACAGACUGCUUGAUAGGAACAGAGAGAUCGUGGACAGUGAUGAUACACAAGAGAAGAGGAAGAAGGAGAAAAGAGAGAUCGAGGCAGAUGAGGGAGUCGGAGAGGCAGUGGUGGAGAAGAAGGGAGGCUUUGCACAAAUGGGACACUGCGCAGACUUCCACCCAAUUUCAAAUGAGAAUGUAGGACAAGCCGCGGGGAAGGUGAGUGUGGAGGAGACCAAGGAAAAAGUGCAGAGGGAUUUGGACGGAAGAGAUCCCUCCUCAGACCUGCCCAGUGUUCAUGCUUGCCAAACAGGUGAAGGAGUUCCUGGUCCUUCCUGUCCCGUUUCCUGUCCUGUUCCCUGGUCUCAACAGGUGCAGAGGCCGCAGGACGGAGAGGGUGGCAGCUGCAGCAAAGACGAGGACGACGAUGACGAGGAGGAGGAUGUGGACUUUGAAUGUUUCACAGAAGGGACGUUCAGCAGAGACACAUACGAUGAGAUUGAGGACGGCACAGGACAGGUUUCCCAGAGGCCUUUAGUGCCCGUGUCUCCUGACUUCACCAUGGCGGGCUCGGAGGUGAACUGGCCCUCCACCAGCGCGGGACAGGGUAGCUCACUGACCCCCACCUCAAGCCAUGUGUCUCCAUCCUCUGCUGCAUUUCCACCACCCUCUUCACCUCCAACUCCAUCUUCGUCCUCCUCAGUGUCUCUCGCUGGCGCCCCCUACACGGGCAAAGUCCACUUCUGCCACUGCGGCAAAGCCUACACCCUGAAGAGUAUGCGGGACCGACACGUGAAGAUGCAGCACCUCAAUCUACGACCUUUCGGCUGUCCCGUUUGCACAAAGUCCUUCAAGAUGAAGCACCAUCUAACCAAGCACCUUAAGACUCACGGAGGGCUGCGACCGUAUGAGUGCGGCCUGUGUGGGAAAAAAGUCAUUUGGAGAGACAGCUUCCUCAGGCAUCAGGCCCGAUGCGAAAGACUUGCGUCCAGCUCCUCAACUAACAGCAACAGCACAAGCACAGCCGCAGCAGAUAUGGAAGACAACUACAGUUAUGGAUUCGAAGAUGGGGAGGCUUUUCUUGCAGCGGGAGGACAAGUCAAAGUGGAGGAGGUGGAUUUUCACGGGGAGAUGGAGAACGGGAUGAGGGGCCUGUUGGGCAGUGUGUCUGGGAUUGUGGAUGAGCUAAGAACUCAGUCUCAAAACUUAGACACCGGUAGUCACGUUUUUAAACAGGAGGCGAGUGAGAACUUUGGUGGAAAUUAAAUGUUAAUGUGAAACUGUAUGCAUAUAAAUACAUACAAGAAGGAAAAUUAAUUAAACGUUGACUUUAAUAUAGGGCUGCACCAAAAUAUUGGCUGAGCAUCGCUAAAUAUCAUCAAUAUUUGCCCUCUUGACUGCAAUCAGCUUAUUGACGAAUAAAAUGAUGACAGCGGCUGAUGUGUUGCAUCAAUUUUGCGCUGACGAAAUCGUCAUUUGUCCUUUCAAACAGUUCAGUUGUUUCUUUAUAAAGAAGAUUUAUUUUUUCCCCUGUCAAAAAGAGAUAAUGAAUAACAUAAACACUGGUAUCUGUAUCCGCUAUCGGCCAAAAAUGUUAUUUUAAACGUCACUAUCAGCCCAGA